AUGGCGAGUGAAAGUGAUAGCUCCGGUGCCUUCAACUCCGCUGACAUCGAGCGAGAGCACUUGGCCACACUGGACGCUCCCAACCGACGCCUGUACUUGGAGGAGCAGGAGAAUCGUGUACGACGUGCAAGGCUGGGGGAAGUGUUUGGGCCACCGCCGCCGGAACCGACCAGGAGUGCUCCCACCACGCCGCGUGCCGCCCCUGUUGGUGAGACUGCACUUACUGGGAGCCCCAUUACGGCCAGACGUCGCUCUCGCACUCCACCGAGAAUUUCGAGACGCUCGAGGCAUGGUGGAGCUGAAGCCAGCUCGCAUGGACCGACAUCGGCGACAUCUGCUGCAGGCCUCGAGGGUACGCCUCCUGCACCGAGCUGCACAUACUAUGUCGAGGAGAUGCUGUCAGAGGACAUCUCUCGCACUGAUAUCCCCGCCUGGGAGCAAGGCAUGCCAACUGAUAUGGAGCUGGAAAAUGCUGCUUUGUUGGCCGAGACCUUCCAUGGUUGGAAGGAUGCUGCCCGACCAGAGGCUGCUGCAGAGGUGGUCACCCGAGAGGAGCCAGCUCGCAGUCGGAGCCCCAGGCGUGCCGCACCGACUGAUGUGUUCGCUGGCACGGUGCCGGGAUCUCUUGCCGCCAGCGCGACCGCGACCGAUGGCCACAGCUCCAGAAUCGGCACCACCGCCGGCACGUACAUCUUGGAGCCGGCACAGGAAGCCAAUGGGAUCGUCAACAUUGUCCUUACCCUACGUCUUGCCCCGCCACAGCUCUACUCUUCCGUCACUGUACAUAGCCCUGACCUGAGAUUGGGUCUCUCUGUACGGCCAUCUGGCUCCUGUGUCAGCUCAUCUCUUUUUCCGUUUUGGUCGGGUAGUGCGACCGGGGCCUGGCCUGCAGUGCCUGCUGCUCCUUGCUGCAUGGGACGUGCUCAGCGACAGCGUCGUCAGAGUGCUCGCCCUGGGCAACAGAACCGCCAGCUGACCUCUGAUUCAACGGAGGAUCUGGUCACGGCCCCCACAGCCUCUUCUGCUGCGGAGGAUGAGUCACCUGACUUCUCUUCUCAUCAGCUGACGUCCCGUGAACGAGCUCUUUUCAAUUUUGUCACAUGGAGCACAAAGGAGCCGCCUCCCAUGACUAUCUUUGUCAGGCCUUAUCUGCAGUCGUUGGUUCGCUCUGCCUCUGCUACAAAGGAGGCCACUGGAGAUGAUGAAUCCGUGGAUACAGUGAGACCACCUAUGACUCCACCUACCCGUCCGGAUGUACCAGGUGGACACUCUGAUAGGCGUAUCAGUGAGGAUGGACGACUUCUUCCCGAGCCGAAACACUCCUCUGGACCCUCCACUGCCGAGGCUGUGCGCUCUCGCAAGCGUCGAAAGCUAUCUCGAUCGAUCUCAUCGAUCUCCUCGGACUUUGAUCUGGGCUCUCUCUCUCGGCCUACCCUUCCUUGUCCCGUGGAUCCACGUGGCCGGUCUCCGCUUCCCCGGCGGAGACGUUGUACCCGACCUCGUGAAGCAGAAGAUGCUACUGGAAUUUCCCUGAAGGGCGAACCCUUUCUACUACCACGACCCAAGAAGUAUCCUCUGCAGCCGCCUGUCACCGUGGACUCGACCCCGACAUCAGUCAUCGACCCGGCGCCUCCUAGGGAGCAGCAGCAGAAAUCUGCUAACCCUGCUACUGUUUCUGCCAAUCCUUCCGCCAAGACGCCUCAUCGCAAAUUUCGCACCCCGAAGACGGCUCAGAAGUUUCCCAAGAAGAAGCAUGGGUCUGGUGGCACAUCUGCUCGUGGUGGGAAGGAGCAGGGCAAGGUCGUGAAGGCCUCUGCUGAUC